AUGGUAGAUAGGGCCAAGAAUAUGAAAAUUGUCUGGAAGGAAACACAAGAUUCAAAAGAUAGAAUACAAAAUAAGAGGAGUAGAGAUGAUGAUACUCAUAGUGGACAGAAUUCUAGCAGGACAGCAAAACCUCGUAAUAGGUCUGGGCAAUCAAAAAAACAGGGAUCUUAUGGAGAGAUUAUUCAACAAGAGAAGCCUAAAUGUGAAGCAUGUGGAGGCGCCUAUAAUACAGAACUUUGUAGACGGUUGUCCGGCGCUUGUUUCAAAUGUGGCCAACAGGAUCAUAGGAUAAAGAAGUGCCUUUAUAAUCAGCAAGACUCUCAAUUAGUUCAGAGGCCUCAAACUACAAGAACCCAGCAAGUGCAAGCUUCUACUGCUCCGGCUCAGUCAGCUCAGCCUUCUUCUCCUAAGCAGCAGAAAGGAGGGAGACCGCGCGCACCGGAUCGUAUUUAUGCACUGACUCAGCAGGAUGCUCAGGCAUCCAAUACUGUGGUGUCAGGUACACUACCGGUUGCUUCUGUUUAUGCUUAUAUACUGUUUGAUUCUGGUGCUACACAUUCAUUGUGUCAACGAUAUUUGUGCGAAAACAUGACCUACCUUACGUGCCGUUAG